CCUAUGACCUUAACCUUUGCCUUUACAAAUUGCUUGAGUUGCUGAAUACUGACGAUAGGCCUAGUGAGAUUCAGUGAAAGACUUCUCUCUGACAUUUUAUUGACUUGGCUGUAGAGGUCAAAGGUCCAUACAGUGAUAUUACCUCAGUUUGAUGAGCCUAGGUAGAGUGACACAUCACAUCAUGAAAGCCAUCAGAGUGGCCAAGUUUGGGGGUGUAGAGAACCUCAAGUUGGAGGAGAACAUUCCCAUACCUACACCAGCUGCUAAUGAGGUGCUAAUCAAGGUGCUUGCUGCAGGUGUUAACCCAGUAGACACGUACAUCAGAAGUGGCACCUACGCCAGAGUCCCCACCCUGCCCUACACACCUGGUCAGGAUUCUGCUGGGGUUGUUGAAGCUGUGGGCCCAGGUGUCACCACAUUCAAGAAGGGGGACAGAGUGCUGACAAUGCUGACCACUAGUGGCACCUACGCAGAGUUCACCACGGCCAACGUCCAGUACGUGGCUCACCUACACAAAAGCCUGACAUAUGAGCAGGGCGCAGGCCUUGGUGUGCCUUACUACACAGCCUACAAGUCACUUUACUUCAGAGCUCAAGCCAAACCAGGUGAAACAGUUCUUGUCCAUGGUGCCAGUGGUGCUGUGGGGCUAGCAGCGCUACAGAUUGGCAAGGCCUAUGGACUCCGCAUGAUUGGAACAGCUGGCACCAAAGAAGGGCUAGAGCUGGCUAAACAAAAUGGCGCCGAGUUAGUUUUCAACCACAGGGAGGAGGGGUACCAGGAUCAAAUACUGAAAUCAAUUCCGGGAGGCGUGGAUGUGGUCCUGGAGAUGUUGGCUAAUGUCAACUUACAAAAUGACCUGAAUCUGGUCAACUUCAGAGGAAGGAUCGUGGUUGUUGGCUGCAGGGGUUCUAUUGAGAUUAACCCUCGCCUGUCCAUGGGUAAAGAAAGCAGCAUUAUGGGGAUUGCUCUAAUGACCUCCACACCUGAUGAGUGGAAACAAAUGCAUGCAGCGCUGGGUGCUGGACAGGAAACUGGCUGGCUGUUGCCUCAAGUUGGCAAAACUUACCCGCUGUCUGAAGCUGCGCAAGCACAGCAUGAUGUCAUCAACAACACAGGAACAACUGGCAACCUCAUCAUCAAACUAGACUGAGAGAAGGGGAGGAAUGUCAUGGAGGGAGGGGAGGAAUGUCAUGGAGAAUUUUUUUGUUUAUGUAUUACCACAUAUUACUUUUGUUAUAUUUCAUAUUCAGCAAGUAUUAUAAUUAUUGCAAUGUAAUAAAACAAGUCUCUAUUAAAGGAUUUUGUUUUUCAAUUAAUGGCAUUCAAAUCCUUUAAGUAUUUGUUAUAAUAUUAAAGGGGUUUUUUUGAUAAUUUUUCUCUCAACUUGUUUUAUGAGUCAGCAUUAGGCAUUAUUUGUGUUAAUUUUCCAUGUAAAUAAUUUAAAAAUUUCCCGGUAUUUGUGUUUGGUGCUACAACUUUAAAGUGUUUCCUUUGAAAUGUUAUUUCAUUCAGAAAAAACACAUGCUGAGAUAAACAGUAAGAAAAUAGAUCUACUGUUAGUAGUUUUUUGAAACUGUACAUUGUCAUUGUAUCUCUAUUGCAACGGCAUAGUGUUUUUUUCAUUAACUAUACCAAUAUUUGGUUAAAAUAAAUUUUCCUCUAAACAA